CAUGAACUCCAGUGCAUGCGUACACAAGCAAGUUGACUUGUAGAUUUCAAAGGCCUGAAUAUUAUUCUAUUGGACACGGAUUCCUGUUUUUGCCCCUUCCGAUGAUCCGAUAUCUGAAUUUCACUUUUCACAAUGUUGCAUCUCUCUCUUCAUCGAAGAAGAACCCUCUUCACCUCUUGGAGCGCCGACUGCUUUCAUGAGUUCGUAAGCAUGCCUCUUGAAGAACACCAUGAGAUAUGUGAGAUACCUUACAACUCUUUUGAGCUCGACCCUCCGUCUUCGGCGGCCACUGGUUCGCUUCUCGUUUGGUACGCAUGUACAGAGCAUGAAGUGAUGCCGAUGCGGGUUAUAUCACAGGUCCGAUCCACGCGUUUUUAGAUACAGCAGAAGCCGCAUCAGAGGAUGAAGAGUCCGGACAUUCCCCGCAUGAAUGUUUGCAAUCGUGAUCUUCCGGCAGAAGCUGUUGUACACAGAGUUAGAUUUCAAGAUGGUGCUCUUUCACCGGGAGGCAAUGGAGCUCAAUCCGAGAGUUGUAAAGGGAGGAAGCCAAUGUGUCGAGUUCUAGCUCCUAUCCGUCGGGUCAGACCAGAUCAUUACGAGCCGGAGCUCAUAUCGUUUGGUCUCUACGAUAGGGAGUACAAGAAGAGUCAGCGGCCGGACCUAAUGCAGUAUCUGCAAAGCUACGUAAGUAAGGACGAACUGGCACCUGAGAUUCGAGCUGAGCUGCUUGUGGAACUGGGUGCUGAAGUGCACCAUCGAUACCAGCAACAGCAUCAGAAGGUUGUCGAACCAGUCAGCCCUGCUCCCAAGCAAAUCAAACGCAAAAAGGCGAACAGAAUGGACCAACAAAGAGAAGAAGUGGCAGAGAAGUUCAUGGAGAUCAUGAAAGUUGACGAAGACCAAAUGUGCGACGAAGUGCUUCCCAGUGCCGAGUUGGAGGACAUUAUCGGCUUGUACGAUGAUGGCUUUCUCAUGAACCCCCAAAAAGCUAGGCGUCUGCUAAUGUUAGAUGCAGUUUUCUUGGUCAGUUUCAUGCUUUACAUGUACUGGGACUGCAACUCCACGCAGGAUAAGUCUAAGAAGUCCGAGAAAGUUCGUGAAAUCGAGCGUCUGUUUUCACAUUUUAGCAGGUUUCACACACCGCUGAGAACGAUUUUCGAUCGACUAGGACUCCCUUGCAAUGGCCAUAUGAAACGAUCGGACCUGUGGCUACUGGAAAAUCAGAUUCCUCUCAGUCUGCUCAGAAAUGUCUUGAAAUUCGUUUUCAGUGCUCGUAAAGAAACAACGAGCUCGUCGCCUAACAACGAGGACGGCAUAGAUUCAACACCGCACGACAUUGUGAAUAUCGACGAAACUAAAGCUGAUACGGCAUUGAAGCAUCUUGUCAAAGUUGCUGUAGCCAACGUUUUACCCCAAGUCCCAGGAGACUGCUCGAACUCGAAAGAGAUGUUACAUCGGAUGGACAAAGUCGAUUUCAAUGACUGUGAACAUCUGCUAGAAUGUCUAUACAGGACGGUACGACCGGAAGUUGAUGACAGCUGUAGCACUAGUCAGGUACGACCGGAAGUUGAUGACAGCCGUAGCACUAGUCAGGUCACUGGUCUUCGUUCCUCUAAAUCUCUUUCCGGGAGAAUCGCGUCGCUGAUCAAAGGCUCGACAGAAGAGAAAGCGCCUCUUUCUAAAGAAGAUUUACAAUCGAUUCUUCCGCAGCACAGACCCAAGGUUCACCUGCCUCCAGUUUCAGACCUUCAGAAAGCAGGAAUCAACGUAGUGGGAGACAAAUCGCGCGGCUGUACACUGAAGUUUCAAGAGGCUAGUAGACUUACUCAAAAGGCAACUCUUUCGCUUCCACAGCUACACAUCGACGACAGCACCGAGAGGAUCCUGCGAAAUUUGGUAGCGUUUGAGUCCACUAUGAGCUCGGGUAUCACUCGUGAUCAGCAUGUUCUCAUGAGCUACCUGCAAUGCAUGAAUGACUUGGUGAACACGGAGGAGGAUGUCCGGCUUCUGAUGAUGGGGAACGACCCCGUCAUCCGACUGAGCUUUCUUGGGGAGAACAAGGAUGUCGCCGUCAUGUUCAACAAUCUGAUUCAGCAUUGCUACUUCGAACACACGCGCCAGUCGACCGACCUCCGCAAGCAGGUGAAUGAUUGCUACAAGAAAAAGUUUCGGCAUCUGUACACAGAGUUCGUGGAUAAACAUUGUAGCAGGCCAUGGAUCGUGAUGUCGCUGUUUGCAGCGACGCUGCUCCUCUUCAUGACAGCUCUUCAAACCAUCUACUCUCUAUUGGGCUAGAUUUCUACAAAAUAACUACACCUCCACAAUGUAGAUAGCUUCGCCAUGCCGUAUGCCUGCUGCAGCGAUCAAAAGCAAGAAUCAACAUUGCAACAAGCUGCAGCAGCUGAAGUCUGGAUACAUUAAGAAGAUACUUACUGCCUUUUUCUUGGGCAUCCUGCCAUCUGGGGAGGCUCCAUGCUGAAACUCUCCUGUCUGAACUCGAAAGUUGUCUACUUUCUUUAAGUUGUGUGUCUGAUAAGGUGGAUCGGGAGAGCUUCAUACCCUACACCCUAUUUUUACGAACGGUUGAGAGCACGAUAUGAGUUCCCAAAAUGUAGGUCACUGCAAUAGCUGUUCUGUCCAGCUUACGUUCCUUACGUGUCAUCAAUAAAACCGUAGGCAUGCAGACAAGUAUGGCUAUGAAUUAAGCUAACCAUCACAUCACAUUGUCCAAUCUGCCGUCUCUAAUCUAUUCUACGCACGAUGUUACCUUGAUCGGCGCCUUGGUAUCUUAUGCUUGAGUCAUAUUAUCACGCUUUGCUGAGAUUGCAACUUCACAUCUACAGAUUUUGCAAUUUCAGCCUACUGAUUGAAACAGAGAGGAGCAAGCACUGUGUGGUUGGAUCUCACUAUGUUUCAUCAACGGCUGCAGUGAAAUGGAACAUACUUUCGGUAGAAUAUCGGAAUUAGCUUGAUAUCUCACCGGGCCACAGAGGCAGGAGCUUAAAACAGAGAACGAAAUACCAACAAGCGAUUAAACAUUCGAACGACGAAUAAGAUCCGGCUAAAAGUAAUUGCUUAAAAGAGGAACGAACACAAUUACCUAGCCAACAAAAAUACAGGUAGUUUUAAUAACAUCUGUAACAGACCAAGAGAUGAAAUCAGUAUAUUUCUGUUUU